GCGAUAGUCACAUGACACGUUUUCUCUCAAGAUGGCGGAUAAUCUCCCUUCGGAGUUUGACGUGAUCGUAAUAGGGACGGGUUUGCCUGAAUCCAUCACUGCAGCUGCAUGUUCAAGAAGUGGCCAGAGGGUUCUGCAUGUUGAUUCAAGAAGCUACUAUGGAGGAAACUGGGCCAGUUUUAGCUUUUCAGGACUAUUGUCCUGGCUAAAGGAAUACCAGGAAAACAGUGACAUUGUGAAUGAAAACCCAGCAUGGCAAGAGCACAUUCUUGAAAAUGAAGAAGCUAUUGCUCUUAGCAGGAAGGACAAAACCAUUCAACAUGUGGAAGUAUUUUGUUAUGCCAGUCAGGAUUUGCAUGAAGAUGUUGAAGAAACCGGUGCACUGCAGAAAAAUCAUGCUUCUGUGACAUCUGUGAACCCCACAGAAGGGGAACAUUCUGCCUAUCUGCCUUCGGAAGAUGAGUCGUCGUGCACUGUGAGUUGUCAAAUGCCCACAGAACAAACUCCAAACAGUGAUCUAGAGAGUUCCCUAGAAAUAAAUGAUGUCGAAGCAACAGGGGAAGAAGGAAAGUGUUGUGAUGAUAAAACUUUUGUGAAGUCAGCUUCGGAAGAAGAAACAAGUGAAAAUGUGCUUACCACAGAAGACACCACACUGCAACCAAAGAAAAAUAGGAUUACUUACUCACAAAUUAUUAAAGAAGGCAGGAGAUUUAAUAUCGAUUUAGUAUCAAAGCUGCUGUAUUCUCGAGGAUUACUAAUUGAUCUUUUAAUCAAAUCUAAUGUAAGUCGAUAUGCAGAGUUCAAAAAUAUUACCAGGAUUCUUGCAUUUCGAGAAGGAAGAGUGGAACAGGUUCCUUGUUCUAGAGCAGAUGUCUUUAAUAGCAAACAACUUACUAUGGUAGAAAAGCGAAUGCUAAUGAAGUUUCUUACAUUUUGUAUGGAGUAUGAAAAACAUCCUGAUGAAUAUAAAGCCUAUGAGGAGAUUACAUUUUCUGAGUAUUUAAAAACUCAAAAAUUAACCCCCAACCUCCAGUACUUUGUCCUGCAUUCAAUUGCAAUGACAUCAGAGACAGCCAGCAAUACCAUAGAUGGUCUCAAAGCUACCAAAAACUUUCUUCACUGUCUUGGGCGGUAUGGCAACACUCCAUUUUUAUUUCCUUUAUAUGGACAAGGAGAACUUCCUCAGUGUUUCUGCAGAUCACUUAAUGAGGUGGAACGUCUCCUCAUAUGGAUGUGUGCUGUGUUUGGUGGAAUCUAUUGUCUUCGCCAUUCAGUCCAGUGCCUUGUUGUGGACAAAGAAUCCAGAAAAUGUAAAGCAGUCAUAGAUCAGUUUGGUCAGAGAAUAAUUUCUAAGCAUUUCCUUGUGGAGGACAGUUACUUUUCUGAGAACACAUGCUCACAUGUACAAUACCGGCAAAUCUCCAGGUCAGUCCUGAUUACAGAUAGAUCUGUACUAAAAGCGGAUUCAGAUCAACAGAUUUCCAUUUUGACAGUGCCAGCAAUGGAGACAGGAACUUUUGCUGUUCGGGUCAUUGAGUUAUGUUCCUCAACAAUGACAUGCAUGAAAGGCACAUAUUUGGUUCAUUUGACUUGUACAUCUUCUAAAACAGCAAGAGAAGAUUUAGAACCAGUUGUGCAGAAAUUGUUUACUCCAUAUACCGAAACGGAGAUAGAAAAUGAAGAAGAUGAGAAACCAAGACUUUUGUGGGCUCUUUACUUCAAUAUGAGAGAUUCUUCAGAUGUCAGCAGGAACUCUUAUAAUGAUUUACCAUCCAACAUUUAUGUCUGCUCUGGCCCAGACUGUGGUUUAGGAAAUGAUAAUGCGGUCAAACAGGCUGAAACACUUUUCCAGCAAAUCUGCCCCAAUGAAGACUUCUGUCCACCCCCACCAAAUCCUGAAGACAUUGUCAUUGAUGGGGACAGUUUACAAUCAGAGGCUUCAGAAUCUAGUUUCAUACCAGAAGUGAACUCAGAGACUCCCAAGGAAAGCAGAAGUCUGGGAAACCCAGAGCAGUCCUCUCAAUAACGGAUAUACACCAAACUAUACACGCACUUUGAAAAUUCCUCCUGGCCUCAGAGUCUUUUUCAUGAAAGAAAUGUUUGAAAAAUGUUAGAAAACAGCAGCCAGUUGACAUACAUUAUUACCAAGAGAACAGGGCAUAGAAAUCCAAAAGGGGAUUUUCCUGAAAGAGGACAUUGCAAGAGCACAAAAUACUUGUAAACCACAUUGGCUUGCCUACUUUAAGAUAAUACACCUGUGGAAUAAGCAGAUGAAUAUAAAUGGAUUGAUUUCCAGGAAUAUAGCUGUGGAUAUGAAAGUGAUCCUAUGCAUUGUUAAUAAUUCUGUGGUAUUAGGAAAGCUUUUGCUUAUCACUUUGGAUCUUUGAUUGAAAUCCACAUCUUCAGAAUCCAGUCAUGUAUUUCCUGUGAUUAUUUUAAUUCUAUUUUCUUUAUAGAUAUAAGCAUGAUGGCACCAAUGAUAAAAACACAUAUAAAUGUAAUUGAGGAGAGCUAAAAUAUCCUGAUCUAGGCAGGAGCCUGUUUGGAAUAGAGGUUUGGUUUGUUUUCUAUCUUGAGAAUUAUUGAAAACUCCAAUAUUAAGGUAUACAUUUUUACAAACAAAUCAUGAGUCCAUUUACUCAACAUUUUUUAAUGUUAGUAGUGCUAUUUGUAUGUGAAUCAUUUGCACACUAGGAAAGCUUAUAGGACUGAAGUCAUGGAAAGAAAGAUUUGGAUAUUCUCUCAUCAGUAUGUGGAAAUUCUGUCUAGUCAAGUAAUUAGAACCUAAUUGUAUAUGGACCCAGUUUAGUCCUAGCUAUACUACUGAUGAGAUUAGACAAAUUGUUUAUUUUGUCUAAAAAUAGGGCUCACUUUCUCCAUAUGUAAGAUAGAAAUAGUAACACUCUCCCUACCUUAGGAGGAUGAUUUUGAAGAUAAAUGCAGUGCAAAUCUUAAAAUGAUUUUUGGGGGUUGGGGGGAAUGUUGUUUUCCCCUUGACUUGAAGGUGAAUAUCAAAAAUCUCAUGCAGCAAAUUGUUUCCUGUCAACUCCCCCAACACAGUAGAUCACAGUGUUUUUAUUGCAUUAAGCUUUUAAAAUAAAACUAUUUCCUAAAUUAGUAUUUUAUAGUCUAUAGACCAUAAAACAUAGUAACAUGGAAUUUUGGUUUUGAAUCUUAAUAAGGAAAGCACUGUAUAAAUUAUUCAUAUUCCUUUUCUGGUAGGUAAACCUAAAACCACUAAAGACUCAAUACAAUAUGACAAUUGGUAAGCCCUAAUAUACACUUAACAUAAAAAUGUUAGGGUUGUACAUAGCCAGCAAACCUAGUUACAGUGACCAUGACAAUUUAAAAUUUUUCCAGAUGCCAAGCUCUGAUGAUUUGCUUUAUUUGAGCAAUAGUUUAGACUUAAUUUGUUACAAUAAUUAAAUACAUAAAAUGUUUAUUGUGCAUUCUGGCCUAUAUUGCCAAUCAGAAAGCCAUAGCUAUAGUAGAAAUCAUGUGGUUCUUACUUCAGUUGCAGUGGGGCUAUGAGCUCUUCAGGUCACAGACUCCUAAGAAAUGGAAAGAACCAAGGAAUGUAGCCCUUGCCUCACCUUUCCAAUCCCCUGUAGAUACAACUGAAUCCAGGUGAAAGGAAAACCUUCCCAGCCUCUCAGGCUGCUCUUAACUGCUCUGCCCAUUGUACAGCCCAUCUCCUAUCUCUUUGGACUCUUCUGUGUCUCUCUUCCCCUUUUAUAUUAUCAUACAAAUCAGGGAUAGUGGAAUCACAUUAUAAUAUAUUUUGUUAAUAGAUUUAGAUCUUAAAUCAUGUUUCCCAAAACCCAACUUAUGCCAUGGUCUAAAUGCACAAUACAUACCUAGAAGCACCAGGUAUUGGCCCUGCCCCUCAAUACCAGCAAUAUGAAAGGUCCCACUGUAUAAAAGUAUUGAGUCUGAAUACAAUGGCACCAAUUAAAAUACUGUACUUUGUUACAGUCUAAGAGUUAAGGCCUCUUGAAUGCAGCAUACAUAUUUAUGUAAACAAUCAGAGUAGGCUCAGAAUAAUAACUAGAAAAUUACGAUAGCUUUACUGCAGCUAUCUAUAUGUAGACAAGGAGAUAUUUUGUGUCUCAUGGCCCAACCCAUAUUGUACCCUAUUUUAUCCAUUAGCCAUCCUCAUAAUCUCUUCCAGGUUAUUUAUUAAAUACUAUUGAAAUAUUUAAAAGUUCCUAAAUAUGACUAGUGGUGACUAAAAUAUUACACAACCAUUUAAAACAUUUUGAUAGAGAAUCUUAAAUAUUUCCUGUUGCCUCAGAAUGUAAUAGAAAUUAUUCUAAGAGCUUUCUUUUCAGCUGUCUUAAGUACUGCAAAUAAAUUUUUUUAUAGUUUUAAAACAGAAAAAAACUUUUUGGUUUUGUUGUAAAAUAAUAAGCCUGAAGUUAUAUAAGUAAAGUUAACAUGUUAUAUGCAAUACAGAAGUUUCAGUAGCUAAUUUAAAAUGUUGAACAUUAUUGUCAAAGAAUUUUGAUUCAUAUGUUUAAAAUGUUUAGUUAUGCAUGCUUUUUUAACCAAACAUGAUAAUACCACUCAGUUUAGUGAUUAUGAAAGCCAAUUACCCUGUGUUGCUACUGUGUCUUUGUCUGGUUGGUAUGCCUAUCCAGAAAAGCAGAUAGGUAGGUAGGUAGGUAGAUAGGUAGAUAGAUGCUAUAAAUUUAGGUAUUUUUCUAUAGGAAAACUGAAUUACAAUUUUUCCCAUCUCCAGUGAUACUUAGUUGCCUGUAGUAAAAUGGCCACGUUAAUAGUUAACUUCUAGAAUGGUAGUUUCUGAGAUUGGCAGCCUUUUAUCUAAAAUAAUGACCAUGCUAAUGAUUAACUUCUGUCACAGCUGUACUUCCCAAAAAGGCAGCCCUUUGUCUAAAGUCCUAAAGAUCUCAAAAAAUUUUGUUGAAAUUUGAUUGCUAAGUAGUAUUGAUCCUUCAAAGCAAUAAUUAAAUAAUUUUCUUACAAGUAAGUUAUUUACUGCUACUGGUAUUGAGUGAUCUAUCUCUACUCCUGGGUAAUUUUCUUAUAUGCACUUCAAAAGCAUAAAUAUGAUUAUUCAUAAUUUUCACACAGUAACAGUAAAGUUUUCAGAGGACGUAAAAUCUGUUUUGAUGCCUUUCAGGCAUGGUUUCCUAGUUUUCAACAUUAAAAUUUUGCGUGUAUGCCAAGAAAUUAAAGAUUGUCUUGGAACUGA